AUGUGUUUAUGUUCAGAUAUUCAACAUGGAUUUACACAGCCUUCUGAUAAUCAAAAGGUCGUGGAACGUCUAAGAGUAUUUUUGCCGCAAUUAUAUACCUAUAUAUCUAGCAACGAACAAUUAAUACCGCACCUCCCAUUCAUAUUACAAAAGAGGACAACUCCAGUAUCAAGUACAAUAUCUGAAUCUUUAACUGUUGAGAAACGUAUAGCAAAGAUUUUCGAGUAUGAUCCUGCUGAUAAUCAUGUAUUAACGUUCCUCGAUCGGAACUUCGAUAAUUGGAACAGGAAACCACAGUUAUUCUUUGCAUGUAAACAAGCACAGCCGACCUACGAUACAAUCGACUACCAAUCUGCAAUCAUCCUUACCUGUCUUCGGCUUGAGCAAUUUGAUACCCAUUCCCGAAUUUUACGUAUAAUUUAUUGUGUUGCACUUAGUCGAUGUCGAAGAACUAAACGUCAAAGUAGCGAUACGAAAAGUAUAGCACACAAAAUCUUCCCGAUUUAUUAUCCUUCCAAACCUUUAGACGAAACUAGCAACGAUAUGCAAUCUCUCGUUAGAACGAUUGAAGCCUUUUUACGAGCAGGUCCGAGAUAUGAAAACAUUGCAGAGAAAUUGGGUGUUGGAAGCCUGUUUCUCCUUGGAGAUAUAGUUCCACUUAAUGUCUGGGAAAGACGGCUGCCAAUGAAAGGCCCAAUAUUUGAGAGGGCAAUGACACAUAUGAUAGAUAAAAGCAUCGUUAGGUUGGGGGAAAAGUAUGGGGAGCUUGUGGAGAAACUAAUCAGGAGCCUUGAAAAUUUUCUACCAAAAAUGCCAUUUUUAUUCAGGAACCAGACAUUAAAACGGAAGCCAAGUCAUCAGUUAGAUGGGGGGAAGAAGAAGAAGAACAAGAAUAAUACUACAAGGGAUAUCUUGAACAAUAGUGGAGGUGAUACUGAGGCUGAACCGAUUGCCCUAGAUCACACUACAGAGUUCGCCGGUCAAGAUGGAGCCAACAGUCCUCGCAAUAGUGUACGUGCUUCAUAUGCCAAUUCAGUUACUUCCAUCCGCAAUCCUUCUUCCAUAUAUACACUUUUGAAUUCAGAUAGUACGACGUCCAUAGACAAUCAACAGCUGCCAUCACAAACGGAAAAUGCUCGUCAGAUUCAGGUCACUAGGACUUCAGACAGAUAUACCCUUGACAGGUCUACUGAGGCUACGAAUGAAUAG